UUUCAGCAAACUCUUCAAAAUGGUCGCCGCAAGCAAGGAAUUCGUGUUUCAUCACACUUUCAAGGAUGUUUCACAAUUGGAAGAUGGCGAUUUUUUUAAAAGCCCCGAAGAAAUUCAUUACAAUGCGGAAUGUUUCAGGUUUAUAUUGGUUAUUCGCACGAAAGAUCAACUGGAAGCGUACCUACACUGUGACAAUGAGAAAGAUGACAACGUCGCCUGGACAGUCGACGCCGAAUUCAGCUUAAAAAUAGCUUCAUCAUCAGGAAGUUAUGCAAUGAAAUUCCAAAAGGGAUGUUUCGAUGGAUUUGGACUGGGAUGGAAUGAUUUUGUCAGUUGGGACUCAUUGACAGAAGAUUUUCUAUACGAUAAUAGUUUUACUAUUGAAGCAUGUGUGAAGAUCACAAAAAUGACAGGAUUCUCGAAAGAUGUGCUCAGAAGCUUCGAUGAAUCAGAAAAAAGAUUUUCCGAUGUGAUCCUUGUAGUUGGAGACGAGAAGUUUUAUGUUUUGAAACUAUUCCUGGCGUCUCAUUCUUCAUAUUUCAAUGCACUUUUUCUUGGAAAAUUCAAAGAAGCCGAUCAAUCAGAGGUUACACUCCAAAACAUCGAUCCGACCGAUUUUCAGAGCCUUUUGGAGGUUCUAUAUGGAGAACCUGCGAUUGAUGAUGGUACCAUCGAUGGAGUUCUUCUACUUGCCCACAUGCUCGAUGUUACCUUGGCAAUUCGAAAAUGCGAGGAGUUUUUGAUCGAAAAGUCGAUGAAAUCGAUGAGAGAGCUGUUAAAAAUGGCUAACCAAUAUCAGCUGGAGAAUUUAAAAACCGUUUGUAUCUCGAAAAUCAACACGAUCGAUGAGAUUGAAGCUGCAAUGGCUUAUAAUCCGGAAGAAAUGGACCCGAUUGUGCUGGCGACUCUCCUCAAAAAAUCCACGGCUCUUCAUCGAUCUGCGAUUUCUGAUUCAGUAUAAUCAUUUUUUUCCUGUUUUAGCGCUAAUAUAUUAUUGUGAUUUAGUCUUUGAUUCGCUGGUACUAACUAAAUAUCUCUGUGAAAAUAUAUGUAUUUUUCUUUUACUCAUCUUUAAAAAUUCGUCAACCAGGUUUAUUAAGGAGUCAAUAUUGCUCAAAUAUUUGAACAUUGGUCUUAUUUUCCGGAGUAAAAACAUAAUAAAAA